AUGGAGCUGUGGACAUCUUUUGUUCUUAUUGGAUGUUUUUAUUUGCUUGUUUAUUUUCUAUCUGGGGCAGCUUGUUUGCAGCUACAGAGUCGUCACAAAAGAACUUGGAUCAUAGAUUCCUUCUCUAUAAAAGAGGGCCACCCUGGGCCGUUCCCCUACGAGCUGGGAAAAAUUGACAUUGAAAGAGCCUAUCGGGUUCACUUUGAUCUCUAUGGAGAAGGAGUGGACGAGGAACCCAAAGGGGUCCUCUCCAUUGACAAGGAAAAUGGCAUGAUCUAUGUGCACAAACCCGUGGACUUCGAGGAGAAGGAGUUGCUGACGCUGAAAUUUGAGGCCAAAAAAUCUGACUUCUCUGUAGAUACAAAAUUAGGUGUUCAGAUCACAAUAAUUGACAUCAAUGACAAUCCACCUGUUUUCCAAAAAAGUUUAUAUGAAAUAACCAUACAAGAAGAUACAGCUCAAGGGUCCUUCUUACUGGCUGUGUUAGCCCACGACCGAGAUCAGAGGGGCUCACCCAAUUCAGCAUUUCACUACGAACUCAAGUCUAUGUCUCCACAAACUGAAAACGUACAGUUCUUUAUUGACAGGGAGAUUGGCAAAAUCUCAUUCAAGGGAUGUUUGGACUAUGAGGUGGCUGAUAAGUUUACACUGUUAGUAGAGGCCAAGGACCACGGUGAUGUCAUAAGUCUGUCCAGUUCAGCCACAGUGGUCAUCAACAUCCAAGAUGAAAACAACCACCUGCCAAUCAUCAGUGGCCAAACGGGAAGUGGCAAAGUAAAGGAAGGUGAGACUGGGACAUCCCCUCUCAGGAUACAUGUGACAGACAAGGACACCCCAAACAGCCCUGCAUGGAGAGUCAAAUACACAAUCAGAGGAGAGGAUGCCAAGCACUUUAAAAUGGAGACAGACCCAGAGACUAAUGACGGCAUUCUCACAGUGCUGACUCCACUGGACUAUGAAGAGAUGGCUAAAAAAGACCUUACCAUCAUGGUGGAGAAUGAAGCACCAUUUUUCCACUGCACAGUAAAGGAGAAAGUGGUCUCUGGCUUAUGGGCAGUAGAUCGGGUCAGAGGUGAAGAAGCAGAUUCUUUUCAGACUGUAAAAGUCACCAUUGAAGUGGAAGAUGUGAAUGAUCCACCUGCAUUCCUAGUGACAGUGAAAGAGGUCAUUUUGGAGGAGAACUCACCUGUUGGUACCUGGGUGGGAAAUGUGACAGCACACGACCCUGACUCCAUGCAUCCAAGGGAUUUUGUGUACAAAGUUGGUGAUGAUCCAGCUGGGUGGGUGAAGGUAGACCCCAAAACAGGUGACAUCAUAACUGUUAAAGUCGCUGAUCGUGAAUCAUCUCAUGUUGUCAAUGGCAUCUACACAGUGUUUAUUUAUGCAGUAGACAAUGGAGAGCCACAGAUGACAGGUACUGCUACGGUGAACAUAUAUAUAGCAGACCAGAAUGACAAUGUACCACAGUUGGCGGUGGACUUUGUGGACAUAUGUGUGUCAGAUGACAUCACCACAACCAACAUUACUGCUUUUGACUUGGAUGAGAACCCCUUUGGAGGCCCUUUUACAUUUGAGCUGCUAGGAGAUGUACAAGACAAAUGGAGACUCAACCCCUCUUAUGGUUACACCGCUGGCCUGGUGAAGGAGUCUGGAGUGUUUGUGGGUUCACACACAGUCAAUGUGAAGGUCUUGGACAUGCAAGGAGAGUUCGGUGUCUACAGCCUUAAUGUGAUUGUUUGUGACUGCUCUCUUGCACCAAACUGCCGAUUACGUAGAGAAAGCACCAUCGCCACAUCUUCUGGGGCAGUUGGCCUUGUGUUUUUUGCAAUUCUGCUACUCUUUGCUGGAUUGUUGCUGGCUCUGUUUGUUACCUGUAAGAAAGAGUUCACUCCCAUUCAGAUUCCAGAUUCAGAGGGAACAACACUGGCUUCAGACAUAGAGGAGCCAGGGACAGAUUGCAUGGUACCUUUAAAUGUGCACACUGGUUCGACUGAUGAACAAAUUUUUAAAAUGCAUGAUACAGCCCAGCAUUUUAUUUCUACAAAUACGAAUAUGAUACAGAACACACUGAACUCACACUAUACAGAAUAUAGUGAACAAUUUUCGCAGCACUUUCACCACCACCACAGGAAUGAGGGGUCCAGAGAAACACAUUUUACACACAGCUCAAACUCAGAAAGUGUGCAGAAUGAAGCUAUCCUGGCAUUGCUUCAACGGAGGUUAACUUUGCUCCGGGAGAUUGAGGAUGAGCUGCUGGACUAUGAGCCUCAUCUAUACACAGAGGAGGGAGACGAGGACGGCCCCACAGAGCUGGAGAGCAUUUCCAUCCCAGAGACUGACUCUUUUCACAAUGUUCUGCACAACCUCAGCCCAGAAUUCAGAAACUUGGCUUACAUUUGCAGAAUGCAAAUAAAAUGUUAAAUGGACCUGCAGUUUCAGGAAUAAUACAGGAGCAAGCCGUACGCAC